AUGAUGGGGAUGAUGGGGAUGAUGGGGAUGAUGGGGAUGAUGGGUGAUGGGGAUGAUGGGAUGAUGAUGGGGAUGAUGGGGAUGACGGGGGAUGAUGGGGAUGAUGGGGGUGAUGGGGAUGAUGGGGAUGAUGGAGAUGAUGAGGGUGAUGGGGAUGAUGGGGGUGAUGGGGAUGAUGGGGAUGAUGGGGAUGAUGGGGGUGAUGGGGAUGAUGGGGAUGAUGGGGAUGAUGGGGAUGAUGGGGUGGGGAUGAUGGGGGUGAUGGGGAUGAUGGGGAUGAUGGGGAUGAUGGAGAUGAUGGGGGAUGAUGGGGAUGAUGGGGAUGAUGGGAUGAUGGGGAUGAUGGGGAUGAUGGGGAUGAUGGGGAUGAUGGGGAUGAUGGGGGAUGAUGGGGAUGAUGAUGGAUGA